AGCAUGACACGUACCUGGCCACGUCAUUCUCCGUGUGACAGGCUGACACUGGUGACAGGUACCUCCAGUACAAAGAUCCAAUAAGGGCGAAAGUACUAGGUUGAAGACGUUGACAUCUUAAGACGUUAUGGGGAUCUUAAGGAACAUCCAAUGCUCUUUUUGCGUGGUCUUGACUGUCGGGUUUCUUCUUUUGUCCUUCUACAUUCUUGAGAUGAGGUAUCCCCGGGAGGACACGGUUAAAAAAGCUGAUGAGUUGGACACAACUCAGGUUGCCGACGGAAUGGACCAAGCUGUGAGGAUGACUGUGCGGAAAGAUGCCUCUCUCGGUCCCGGCAAAGCGCCUUACCUCACAACAAAUGAGAUUGGCAAGGCUUCGUCAGGAACUGAAGAACGUACCAUAGAAAAUAGUUUACGAAACACCGUGCCAACAACAUCCACAGAGGCAAUCGAAGGCGACACAGAAGUCCUCAAGAUCGAAGAGGCCGCAAUGCACACGGAGCUCGAGGUCAUCCAAGAUGGAAAACCUGUACAAACACCAACACUGAUUUCACGUAACUUCAACAAGGAUCCUCUUGAUGAAGCAGUCAUUACAGAGACCCAGGUCAGCAGCAAAGAGUUUCAUGAAGUACCUGCAUAUAACCAAAAGUCUUUCGAGGCUCAUUCUGAAGACAUGAACGAGAAAUCUCUCUCUAGUUGGCCAACAGCAAUUAACCGUAGUAGAGCACAGAAAAGAGAAGGCCACGACGAUGACGUAGCUCAAAGUCACAGCCGAGAGCAGCCGUUAUGCAAAUAUCCAGACUUACAGAUGGAGAUGUCAGAAUUCAACCACCAUUUUCAAAAAAUAACUAACUUAUACUGCGGACUUUCCCCUAUCAACUACCUGACAUAUUUAGACGGGAACUCGCGGACGGAUAAAUCCCACUGGGAUGUAGUCAAACUAAACUCCAGCGCCCUUUUACCCACACAGAAAUUACUCAACUGCACGUACAGUAAGAUUAAGAGAUGGGGUGAUUUCCAUAUCCUCUAUACCAUUUUGCACACAAAGGUAUUUGUAUCUAACGAAGAAUCUAUACAAUUUCCAUUCAAAGAGGAAUUUAGUCAGAUUACCUGUUUCUUGGAAGAGGACGUCUUUAACCAAACACAACAAGCUUGGGUUAAAGUUCUAAGAGAACACAACAACAUGUUUGUGCAGGUAAUAAGGGACGAUUCUCUGGUUAAAGACAAAAAGGCGGAAAUAGAGAAGGAAGGCAGAGUGAAGACGACCCUUGGACAUGGUAUGAACGUGCUCAUGGUCGGAUUUGACUCGACCUCACGGAUGAACUUCAUGCGAAAACUGCCCAAAACUUUCAAGUACUUCACAGAGACUCUGGAGGGUCACGUUCUGAAGGGUUAUCACGUGAUCGGUGACGCAACCACGGCCAAUUUCAUCGGCCUGUUGUCAGGGUUUCACGAGGAAGAGCUACCCAACGCGAAAAGGGGAAUGGAAAAUUCAACAACCUGCGACGUAUUUCCGUUAGUAUGGAAUAAGUUCAGAAGGAUGGGCUACACGACCAUGUACGGGGAGGAUGAAGCGGUCUAUGGAGCGUUCCAAUAUCGUUUAGAAGGCUUUAACAAACAACCGACUGAUUACUACAUGAGGCCUUUCUGGGUGGCCCAAGAAGAUCUCCCAGAGUUUGAAGAGCAGUUCUGUUUCGGAGCAACUCCUAAGCAUCACUACACGCUGAAGUAUGCCCGCGAUUUUGUGGAAGCGUAUCAUGACAUACCCAAGUUUGCAAUUGCGUUUCACACAGAACUCAGUCACGGAAGGUUGAACAUGCUCCAAGCUGCCGACGAAGACAUUCUGACACUCAUCAAAUCCUGGAAGGACAACGGCUACCUCAACAACACCGUUCUUGUUCUUUUUGCUGACCAUGGACCCCGCUACGGUCGCAUUAGGCAGCAGAUUCAAGGUCGACUGGAGGAGAGGCUACCGUUCUUUGGAAUCGCUGUUCCUCCUUGGAUGAAGGAGACUCAUCCUGAAAUCAUCCGGAACCUCAAGAGAAACGAAGAACGUCUGACGACAGCGUUCGACUUCCACAAGACGCUGCAGCACGUGCUGGACUAUCCCGGCGACCCCUCCGGUUUCCAGGGACACGGCCUCAGCCUUUUCCAGGAGAUCCCGCUGAACCGAACAUGCGAGGACGCCUCCAUUGCUGACCACUGGUGUACCUGUCUGCAGUCCGUACCAGUCAACAUACAGAACAACAGACUAGUUCGAGAAGCAGCGGGUUUUGCAGUCUCCCACAUGAAUCGUUUAACAGAAAUGCACCGAAGCCUUUGUGCUCAGUUGAUCCUGAAUAAUAUAACUCAAGCAGAAAUUAUCAAACCCAACCGCAAACUAUUGCAAUUUGGUGGCAAUGACCGGUUGACUCAGGAGGCCUUGUUUAAUACUAGUCAAAGUAUUACUACUGUCCCUUUCGUGGACUUUCGAAUUACGCUGGAAACUGGACCGAAUGGUGGAGCAUAUGAAGUGUCAGUAAGGAAAUGGCUGUCUAGUGAGAAGACUGAGAUAACGGCAGACAUCAGCCGCAUCAACGUGUACGGGAACCAUCCCAGCUGCAUCCAGGACAAGUUUCCUCAUCUGAGUAAAUACUGCUUCUGCAGGGAGUUCCUGAAACCUGGGUCUCUGGACUAAAGCAUAGAAUAGUUAACUUGAAGACUAAGAUAUAUUUUUAGAGUCUCAUUUCACAUUGAUUCUAUAUGAUAUAUUUAGCCUUCUAAUAUCUGCAUCCAAG